AUGGAGAAGCGCCGCCGCCAGAUGAUGGCUGCCAGCACCAGCAUCAUCCCGGACGACCUGCUGGUCUCCGAGGUCCUCAUCCGCCUCCCGGCCAAGUCCGUCGCGCGCUGCAGGUGCGUGUGCCGCUCCUGGCGCGCCGGGAUCGCCGGAGCCGCCUUCGUCCGCCGCCACCUCGAGCUGUCCCGCGCGGGGCAGCGGCAGCACCCCUCCGUGCUCGCCAUCCCUCGCUGGAUCGACCCUUUCGACGGCUACGCCACCUGCGAGGUGAUCAGAUUCCACCGUCUCGUCCUGCCGCCCCCAGGACGGCGGGCACGGGCUCCUCCGGGGAUCGUCGACGCCGAGCUCGUCCUGGACAAGGCGUGGCCCGAGGGCAUCACGCGCCUCAUCGCCCCCACGCACUGCGACGGCCUGGUCGCCAUCGCCACCGUCACCGACAGGGUGUUCGUCUGCAACCCUGCCACCGGAGAGUUCGCCGCGCUGCCGCUCGGCAGCCACAACGCCGAGCUGGACCACUGCGAGGAUUUCGUCCCGCAGGUGGCCCUCGGUUUCGACAGGUACUUCUACCGGACGUACGGCGCCGGCCAGGACCACGACGACGACGUCGGCCACGAGGUGUUCGCUCUCGGCGCCGGCGGCUCAUGGGAGCCGACCCAGGACCCGCCGCACGCCGUGGGAGUCCAGAGGCCGAUGUGCACGCGGCGGGCCUUCUACUGGCACGCCGACGAGCCGGAGCCGCGGCUGAUGCGGUUCGGCCUGCGAGACAGGGCGUUCGCCGUGGCGCGGCACCCUCCCACCGGCUGGAACCCCGCCGACGACAUGCUGGACCUGGAGGACGGGAGCAAGCUAUGCGGUGGUCUGCGCUGCCGCAUCGACCUCGUCGGCCCGCACCCCGGCGUCCGCUACAACUUGAUGCCGGUGACCGCCGCCGACGACGGGGACACACUGGUGGCCCUCGCCGGCGGCACGACGCUGUGGAAGUACGACAUGGGGAACCGAGGUGCGGAGGAGGAAGCGGUGGUGGAGAUGGACCUCGUGCGGUGCUCUGCAUGA